AUUUUGCUUUAGCAGACCCGCCACAUGCACAUAUGCAAAUGCAAACUUGCAAUUUGCUAAGUGUGAUGUAAUCGUCGUUUUGAAAUUUUGUAACAUUUUGUCCUUAAAAACUGUACAGGUAUUGGGUGCAAAAUAAUUUAGUCAUGAAGCGUUCGACCUGUGAAGGUGAUGGAACUGAAAACCGGAAGAAACAGUGUUUUAAUAGUAACCUACCAGCUCAUGUUUCUGCAGCUGUGUGUGAAAUAAGUGAAAUGCGGAAUGACAAAGAGGUGAAAAGGGCAGGUCCUUUUGUGAUAGGACCUCGACUUGGAAAUUCUCCUGUUCGCAGCAUUACACAAUGUUUGGCAAGAAGAUCAAAAACAGAUGAAUUCUAUACACUGAAAAUGCUUAUAAUGAAAUCCCUCGAUGAAGAAACCCAGGAUGAGAAGCAAGGAAAAAUGUUAUUGUUAACUGAAUAUAGUCUCCUGUCCCUACUACAUGAUCAGCCUGGGGUUAUUCAUCACCAUGGAUUUUUCAAAGACUUGGCCUAUGAGGAACAGGAACUUCAAAAUGGAACAGUAGCUGUUACUGGGAAUAAAGUCAAAAGACUUAAUCUCAUCUUAGACUGUCUUUCACCGAAUGACUUCUGUCCCUACUCUCACAACUAUGUCAAUCUUCAGCAGUAUGUCAUCAAGGAGAAAAAAUUGACUGAACAAGAAAGCCUUUGGAUAUUUAGAGAGAUUGUCAAUGUAGUAAACAGUCUUCACCAAAGGAAUAUAGUUCACAGAGACUUGAAACUGGGUAACUUAGUACUAAACCGACAAAACCGCCGGAUUACGCUCAUUAACUUCUGCCUGGGAAAGCAUCUAGCCAACGAAGAAGACCUGUUGCGAGAUCAACGAGGUUCACCUGCCUACAUAUCUCCAGACGUACUAAGUGGCAAACCCUACUUGGGUAAACCUUCGGAUAUGUGGGCGCUGGGUGUGGUACUUUUUACCAUGCUCUAUGGCCAGUUUCCAUUCUACGACUCGGUACCUCAAGAACUAUUCAGAAAGAUUAAAGCUGCAGAUUUUACUAUUCCAAGGGACGGACGUGUCUCGGAUAGCACUACGAGGCUAGUUCAACGUUUGCUGAAUCUAAAUCCACACCAAAGACUAAAGGCCGACCAAGUUAUCGAUGUGCUCGACUCUGCUAUAGUCGUAAACCAUUUUUCAUCUUCAUCAGCCGAUCUGUCCUUAUUACAGGUUGUUCCUGAUGCUGAUUGUGAUUUACCAGCGGAAGAAGCAGAGGUUCCAGCAUCCAAACCUGCCAAGGGAAAAUCGGGAUUCGAACUUGUACUGCAGCAGCUUCAGGCUAUUGAAGAAUCAACUGGUAGUGUUUUGGCAUAUCAUUCAGUCACAGUUCCGGGCUUAAGCCCAUUUCAAAUGAUCAAGAAGCAUGGAAAUACCAGUGAACAUCAUGCGCAUUUAAAUUUUCUUUCGUCACUUGGUCGUCAACAAGGAUCUGUGCGUGCCCUCAGCACGGAACAGAUGAACCGAUUUCGUCAUUUACUACCUCCGCGAAUGAUGACCUCCCAUCAGCAAUUCCACGAAGGAACAAGUGCUACUGCUGUCCAAAGAAUAGCAUCAUUUUCUUCCUACUUGUCACAAAACAAUUUGUCGACCUUCCCUCCUACUGCACCGACUUUACGUUCGGUGAAUCCAACAUUUUUCCCACCGAAUUUUCUGUCGCACCGCUUGCAGCAACUGCAACAACAACAUCAGCAGCUAUCACCGGCUUCAUUAGCUUCAAUUAACGGUACCCGCCGAAUCGCCAUUGACUCUCCAAUAUCAUCCUCGUCGCGACAAGAACAAUCUGAGGAGCCAGAUUAAAACCGAGACAUCAUUCAUGUCCACUUCCCCACACAUACUCAAAAGCUUUUUCGUAUAAAGCCAAGCUAAGUAUUUUAUGAUGCAUGUAAACAAAAAAAUUUGUAAUCAUACGUUAUCUACAUUUUGGAUUCUGUAUGUCACAUCAGUUCAAAAGCCAUUGAAUUUUUUGAAAGGUU